CGAGUAAAUAUGGCAUCGAAUUAUCCACUCGGAUACGAUGACGAAAGAUUCGAGUCGAUAGUGAACCAAAAUUUCCACUGUUUGAUUUGCUAUAACGUAUUGAAAGACCCCGUGACGUGCCGCAGAAACGAGCACUAUUUUUGCCGCGGCUGCAUCACGGAACAUCUUCGUAGGAAUUCCCAUACAUGCCCGACGUGUGCUGACGAGCUGAGUGUCGAAACAUUGCAAGACGUUCCAAGAAUUGUGAAGAAUUACUUAAACGAACUAAGUAUACGUUGCGAUCAUUACGACAGAGGAUGUCGAGAACUCGUACAGCUGCAGAAUUUAAAGCGACAUAUCACCGAAUGCGGGUUUACUCCAGUCGUUUGUGGAAAUCAAGGUUGUGGUGAGACAAUCAGUAAAAGAGAUCGUACAUAUCACGAGAGUGAACUGUGUCAAUUUAGAAAGUUGAAGUGUCACAACUGUGGAGAAAUCAGUACGAUGAUGGCGGAAAUGAAAACGGAAAUGGCGAACAUCGACACGAAAAUAGCGAACAUCAACACGAAAGAAAUCAGCAUUAUGAUGGCGGGCAUAGAAACGAAGAUAGAAAACCUCGACACGAAAAUGGCUAACAUCAACAACAAUCAUGCGGAUACGAGAACGAAAUUGGCAAACACGAACACGAGCAUGGGAAAUAUUAGAACGAAAAUGGCAAAUAUGGACACGAAAAUGGCCGAUAUCGACACGAAAAUGGCAAACACGGACACGAGAUUGGAAAACACGAACACGAAAUUGGAAAACAUGAACACGAAAAUGGCAAAUCUGCACGCAAACGUGGAAGCGAAGUUCGAAGCGAUGAAUAAUGAAGUGAGAGGAAUGAAAAUGAGUUUAAAUGAAGUAAAAGAUGGCUUUGAUCACUUGAAAGAAGCAGUACUUGAGAAGAUAGAGAGCAAAGAAAGAAAGCAGGAGGAAAUCACAAGAGAUGUAAGUGGCACAGCGAGUGGCGGGAGAGAAAAUCAACAUAUAUUUGUUGCUGGUGGUUACAUGAGAAACUCGGUAGAAAUAUUUAACUGCCAUCAGACAUUGUUAUCAAAGCCCAUGCCAGAGAAUCGUCACAGCGCAUCUUCAUUUGUAUACAAUAAUCAUGUAACUGUAGCGGGAGGUUAUUGUGAUGGUCAUGUAGAUAACAUGAUCCGAAUGAACAUUCACCCUGUCCCUGAUCUCUCAAUUAACUGGAGUGAUUUUGCUGCCAAACUUCCCGCCAAGAUGCGUGCACACAGCAGUGUGGUGUACAAGGAUAGCUUGUUGGUUACUGGAGGUUAUAAUGCAGAUCAACGUGUGUUCUCCGACUGUAUUCACGAAGUCCAACUUAAACCACCUUACGCUGUUAGACUGGCAUCCAAGAUGCCUGAACCAAGAGUUCGUCACAACACAGUACUAUGUAAUGAUAGUAUUUUGAUCGUUGGGGGAACGAAAUCAUGGGACAGCGAAGACAACCUCAGCAGUGUGUUAAGCUAUGACAUCAAGAAGAAUGUAUGUCAACAGUUACCUGCGCUUACCUAUCCAGUGAGUGAAAUGGCGACAGUCAAGUGGGCUGAGAAUGUCGUGAUCAUUGGUGGGGCUGACAAGGAUGGUAAAGCAUUAAACAAUGUUAUAAUUUAUAACAUGAAGACUGGAAACAGUCAUAUGUUGCCUCCCAUGUUACACAAGAGGAAAGGAUGUAUGGCAGUUGUUAUUGAGAAUACAAUUGUUGUACUAGGCGGCGAGGAUGAGAGAAGGAAUGAUUUGAAAUCAGUUGAAAGUUUUAAUUUCGAGCGAUUUUCAUGGCAGGAACUUCCUGACAUGAAGGAAGAAAGAUGCUGGGCUACAGCUGUUGUGAUCUAG